GGCCUGUGGGGCAUGAUGAUGCCUGCCAGGGUGCUGGGGCUGCUCCUCUGCGUGCAGCUCUGCAUGGGCAGCGAGGUGCUGCGGCUGGUGGAUGGCGGUGGGCGCUGUGCCGGUCGGGUGGAGGUGAAGCACGAGGGAGAAUGGGGCUCCGUCUGCAGCUACGACACCCAGUGGGACGCGCAACAGGCCGGCGUGGUGUGCCGGCAGCUGGGCUGUGGCACGGUGGCCCAUACGUCCCCAUAUGCCCCAUUCGGGCAGGGCCAGGGACGCAUCUGGCUGCAUACCAUCUUCUGCCGCGGCACUGAGGCCACCAUUCAGGACUGCUACAACUUUGGCUGGGGCAAGCACUUCUGUGGCCACGAGUGGGACGUGGGAGUGAUCUGCACAGAGGCACUGGAGCUGCGGCUGGUGGAUGGCAGGGGACCCUGCGAGGGGAGAGUGGAGGUGAAGCUGCGGGGACGCUGGGGCACAAUUGCUGAUGAUGUCUGGAACAUGGAUGAUGCUGAGGUGGUGUGCCAGCAGCUGGGCUGUGGAUCGGCUGCUGGUGCCUACUCUGCCUCCCGAUUUCGGCUAGUAGAUAGUCCCAUCAUGUUGGCCAUUGUCGACUGCCGUGGAGAUGAGGCUGCCAUCUGGGACUGUAACAUUCAGGGUUGGGGUCCCUACAAUGGCCCUCAUGAUUAUGACACUGCUGUGGUCUGCCAAGGGUUCUCCCAGCUGGCCAGAGGGGACGGCACCUGCUCGGGGCAGCUGGAGGUGCGGCAGGGCCGGGCCUGGGUCAGCGUCUGCCAUGGCCACGUGGACCUCAUGGCCGCCCAGGUCGUCUGCAGGGAGCUGGGCUGCGGUACAGCACUGGCCCUACCCGGGGCUGGGCAUUUUGGAGCAGCAGCCGGGCCAUUCUGGGAUGGUGCCUUCGAGUGCAAUGGAACUGAGCUCCUCCUGUCAGCAUGCACACAGAAGCCUCCCCACAUCCUGAACUGCACUCAACCUGCUGCCAUCAUCUGCUCUCCCUACACUGGGUUCCAAUUCGCGGACGGAGGUUCAGACUGCGCCGGGCGGGUGGAGGCGGAGGCACAAGGGGUGUGGAGGCCCCUGUGUGCCACUGCCUGGGACCUGCCCGAUGCCCACGUAAUCUGCCGCCACCUGGGCUGUGGCUCCGCUGUCUCCCUGCCCCCACCAGGCCAAUUUGGGACAGGGACAGGGGCACUGCUCCACAAUGCCCUCAGCUGCAGCGGGAGCGAGCGGCACCCAGGCGAGUGCCCCGUGGAGGUGCUGGGGCAGCCCGCCUGCCCCCCCGGGCACACCGCUGCCAUCAACUGCUCAGGUGUCACUGAGCCCCUGCGGCUCCACGGUGGGGAGAGCCGGUGCGACGGACGGCUGGAGGUGGCCAUGCGCCCCGGUGUCUGGGCCCGCGUGUCUGUGGGGCUGUGGGACAAUGGCACUGCCACUGUGGCGUGCCAGCAGCUGGGCUGUGGUGUGCCUGAGAAAAUCUAUGCUGCGCCGGCCACCAGCUCGGGCCCCAUGGAGCUGCAGGAGCUGCGGUGUGUUGGCACAGAGGAGCUCCUGGCACAGUGUAAUGCCUCAGGGAUGGCCACCAAGCCCAGCCACAACCCCGAGGAGCUGGCUAUUGCCUGCUCAGGCAGCUGGCGGCUGAGGCUGGCAGGAGGCCCCGGGCGCUGCGCCGGCAGGGUGGAGGUGUACAGCGAGGGCACCUGGGGCACCAUCUGCCAGGACACCUGGACCCUGCAGGAUGUCACCGUCAUCUGCCGCCAGCUGGGCUGUGGAUGGGCCCUGGAGGCACCCGGCUCUGAGCGCUUUGGGCCUGGCACUGGGACGCUGUGGUCGGGUGCCGGGGGCUGCUCUGGGAUGGAGGAUGCUCUCUGGCACUGCCCAGCCCCAGUGCAGCGUGGCUGCCAGCAUGGCGGUGGUGCAGGCGCCGUGUGCUCAGGGCUGCUGGACCUGCGGCUGACGGGGGAAAGCAGCAGAUGCAGAGGGCACCUGGAGGUGCUGCAUGAGGGGACGUGGGGUCGUGUUUGCGCCAAUGGCACCAGCCCCGCCACGGCCACAGCUGUUUGCCGCCAUUUGGGAUGUGGCACGGAGGGGAGUCUGGUGGCUGUUCCAGCACAGGGCUCAGAUCCUGCCUGGCUGAGCUGGGUGAGUUGUGAGGAGGGGACCCCAUCUCUUUGGCACUGCCCCUCAGCACCCUGGCAGCUGCAGGAAUGCGGCCCUACCAGAAUCACCUACAUCACAUGCAAAGAGGACACCAGAGACAGGAGUGAGGCCACCAGCCCAGCCCCAGCUCUCACCCACAGCGCUGUCCCACUGACAGAAGCACCGAGGAGCGUGUCAGCACUCAUAGUGCUGUGCGUGAUCCUGGGGAUGCUGCUGUGCCUGGCCCUGGCUGCCCUGGCUUUGCAGGCACAGCGUGCACGAGCCCAGUGCCAAGGCCCCAGCAAGGAUGCUGCCUCCGAGGUUGUGUAUGAGGAGCUUGACUACAGCCUGAUGCCCAAGUACCAGGAGGUGCCCAGCAGCACAGGUGGGAGUGGGAUGGUCCCCAAGGCUUGGGGCUCUCCCCAUCCCGUUUUGUGUCCACAAUACCCUUCCUCCCCUCCAGGCUCCCUGUCUCAAGGCUCACGAACACAGCUCUCAGUUCACAGCAGGGAUGGCAUUGAGGAGAAUGACCUCCAGGUGUCCCUAGAACCCCAUGCCCAGCCCCAGCACAGCCCCUCGCAUGGCUACGACGAUGCUAUGGCUGUGCCGGAAGUGCCCCCCUCUCUCCAUAUGAGGGGUGCCUUGGCACAGCCCCCUGAGGACAUGGGCUAUGACGAUGUUGGUGUCAGAGCCCUGGUGACAUCGCUGUGAGCAGGGCCUGGGGACAUGGCUGGAACAGGAGCCUCUCUCCACAAAAUCGGGUGGCCCUGGCCUUGGCAGCAUCACCUCUCCCUGCCUGGCAUUGCAGAACAGUAGCAAACUGUUCCAUUCUCCUUCCUGCACCUGCAACACAACAGCUUGUCAGCUUUUUCAAAAUUAUUUUCUGUAACUCUUUCCUUACGAGUAUCUCUUCUUUAUUAAACCCCCCAAUCUGAGUGGAAACUCACUUCCAGCCUUGUCUCCUCUACCUGAGUCUAUCAGCUUUCCCUCGGGGCUCUGCGGCAUACCUGGAUUUCAGAGACACCCGCCUUGGCGCU